CGCCCUCCGGGCGGCAGGCGGCGCUGCGCUGCGCUGCGGGCGGGCGGCGGAGCUAGGCGGCGGAGCAGGAGGCGGUGCCGGCAUUGAGAAGAAUGGGCUCUGUUUCGGAGAUGCUCACCAUAGUUCCCCUUCACCAGAGGCCGGAGUUAAUGGAGGCCUGUGCUGAACUCAUCAACGAAGAGUGGAAAAAGAGCAAAACCUCUCGCAUCUACUCCCUCCAGAAGUCCACAGACAGCUUCCCCCUGUGCCUGGUACUGAUUAAGACCCAGAGGACUGCAGAGGGUGCUACUGACGGAAAGAUGGUGGAGACCCAGCUGCUUGGGCAUGCCAGGCUGUCCCGUGUGGUUGGCCAGCCUAAGAGCUUGUUUAUGGAAACGGUGGUGGUCUCCAAGGCGCUGCGGGGCAAGGGGUAUGGCCGGAAGCUGAUGGAAGCUACAGAGCGCUACGCCAGGUCCCGGGGCUUUAGGCGCCUGCACCUCACCACUCACGACAAGCAACAUUUCUAUGCCCACUUGGGCUAUGCCUUGUCUGAGCCAGUGCAGAGCAUGGGGUUCAUGAGCUCCCUUGUCCCCAUGGGAUUCCUGGAGAUGUUCUCGAGUCCCCUGCACCAUGCUAGAGCUCCUACCCCUGCCCUGACACCUGGAACACCCAGCCCCACUGCAGCCCAGCUCAACAGUAGGACUUCAGGAGCAAAACCACCUUCACUACCAUAUGCUAUAGCUGCUGCCCAUCUGCCACCGCCGCCCCCACCUCUAUCUCCACCUGCUUGCUUCAUGACAGCUGCCAUUCCACCUCCUCCCCGGUUACCACCUCCUCCCCAUGCUUCCCCUCUCCACACCGCCUCUGCUGCUCUUGGCCUCCCAGCCCCACCAGCACCCCGUUUGCCACUACUGGCCAUGCAAGGAAGCUCUGCAUGUCUUCCACCUCCUCCACUGCCGCUCCCUUCUCUGUCAGGUUACAAGGGUUCUAGUGGACAUAUUGUCUCCAAUCCAGCAGCAAAGAAGACCUGUGGACAGAUGCUCCUGGAGACGCCAUAUCGUGAUCUCAGAGGACUCCCCAUCUUCUGGAUGAAGAAGGACAUUUGAGUCCAGUAUAAUGUGCCAAUGCAAAGCUGAUUAAAUGUUGGAGGGGCAGGGAGAAGUGGCUUGCCCUAACUCUUACCAA